AUGUUUCUACGUCGUUGUUUGCAAACCAAUAACGCAAAAUUUCACACAAUGGCAAAUUCUACUAAAAUACUUCCACAUAUUAAUUCCGAAACCGAUGGGUUUGGUUCAGCUUACGCGGCAUGGACACGUCUUGGAAAUAAAGCAACUUAUUAUCCUGCGGUACAUUAUUCACCACCCCCGACUGAUAUUAAAGACAAAAAUGUUGCAUUGUUUGAUUUUUCUUAUGCAAGAAAUGUUCUUACUGAAAUCGAAAAACAAGCUAAGUCUGUAAUAGUAGUGGAUCAUCAUAAAACCGCUAGAGAUAAUUUGCUCGGGGAUGAUUCGAGCCCUAACGAAAAUAAAAAGAAUUAUUUUUUUGAUAUGGAUAAAAGUGGUGCUAGAUUAGCGUGGGAGUUCUUUUGGCCUAAUAAAGAAGUUCCAUUGUUUAUUCGAUAUAUUGAGGAUAAAGAUUUGUUUCGAUUUGAUCUACCGAAUUCUAAGGAAUUUUCAAUUUCAUGGUCAAUUAUUCCCAUGGAAUUUGAAAUUUAUGAUAAAUACGCGAAAGAUGAGAAAUUAGUCAAGAAAGCAAUAGAAUCUGGUUCUCAUAUAAUUGAAUACACUAAUCAUCGUAUGGCACAUUUGCAAAAAAACGAUUCUUUUAAACGUAAAAUGACUGUACAAUCUAAAACUUACACGGUGUAUGCUCUUAAUUCUAUUGUGUGGCAGUCAGAGUUGGGAAAUAUUCUUGUGAAUAAAGAUGAUGCAGAUUUGGGUAUGAUUUUCUCUUAUGAAGGAAAUAAAAAAAGAUUUAGAAUAAGUUUACGAAGUCUUGAUGAAAAGGCAGAUGUAUCUCAAAUUGCGAAAGCAUUUGGUGGUGGUGGACAUAGAAAUGCUGCAGGAUUUUCUUGGGAAAAAGAUAUUGAAAGUCUCUUUGAUCCUGAAUAG